GCUGCUCUUCCGUUGCAGUAUCAUGAUGGAGAAGAGAUUUGGAGGGCACGAGUACCUCUUAUUAGUUGGAAACGUGCAGAGUGGCACCUUCCAGAUCGGGUCAUAAGACAGUUUUCAGGUCUACCAACCACUGAGAUUGAACCCAUGGAUCAAUCAUUCAGGCGCAUUGAUGGUAGGGGUCGAGCAGAUCAAGAUUGGACAGUACAGUACCGUGACUACCUCCAGAUCUGGGAGGAGAGAAGGGCUUAUGUGGUACCCAUCAUUCCAGUCACAAGUACAGGCAACCAAGAAGUUGGUGCUUAUCUACGAUGGUAUAGAUCUUGGGCUUCUAUCUACCUGUUACAACCUCAAGUUGAGCCUCCGGAAACCUUCUUUCCUCGAUCACCCGGCGAGAGAUUAGUGGUACGUAUUGAAAUGUUACUUAUAAUGUAUUAUUUUUUUGUUACAAAACAUUAAAAAUAUUAUAUUUUUCUUAGGCGGAUUACUACAUACGAUCAUCUGCGAUACUUGAGCCACUUGCCGGCGGUGGGGGACAAAAUGCUAGUUCAUUGCAGAUGGCUAUUGAUCAGGUUGCUGAAUUGUCUGCCCGAGUUCAACAAUCUGUUUAUAUCGACUACACUACCUUCGAUACAUCGACGGAGGCAGAGCAACAAAGGAGAGAACGUGCGGAGAGUUCUCAGGGCCAGCAGCAUAGUAGACGAUCUGUUUCAGAUGCUCCUUCUAGAUCGAUGGGAAGUAGGCACC